AUGGCCGGCGGUGGCGCCGCCGCGUCGGCGCUGUCGAGCCCGUGGAGGGCGCUGCUGCAGCGAGCGCUGGACGCCAACGCGCACCUCAAGCACUCCACUUUCUUCCAGCUCGCCACGGUGGGCGCCGGCGGCAGGCCGGCGAAUCGCACCGUCGUGUUCAGGGGGUUCCAAGAGCACUGCGACAAGAUUCAGAUUAACACGGAUGCGCGGAGCAACAAGAUUGGGGAGAUCAAGGAAUGGCCCCUCGGCGAGAUAUGCUGGUAUUUCACCGAUUCCUGGGAGCAAUUUCGGAUCAGCGGUAUCAUAGAUGUGAUCGAUGGUUCCAGUCCGGACCCUGCCAAGCUCCAGCAACGAGAGAAAGCUUGGUUCGCCAGUUCAGUGAAGUCAAGAUCACAAUACUUAGGACAAAGUCCAGGGGUUCCCGUCGCAAAUGAUGACCACAUUAAGGAUGUUCAUAUCGAUCCAUCGGCUGCCCCAGUUGAUGCCUACUGUCUUCUGACUCUUGAUCCAGAAAAGGUUGAUUAUGUGAACUUAAAAAGUAAUCAGAGAUUGAUGUUCACAAGAACCCAGGAAGGAGAUGAGUCCAGUGACUGGAUGGCCGAAAAAGUUAGCCCAUAA